CUAAAGCGCCUCGAUUCCCUAGCUGACCGUGUUCGUCUGAGAGCAGUCUGUCACCCAUGGCGCUCUAAUAGUAUGUUGCAGAAUGUUCCCCUCCCAUUCCCUUGGCUCACCCUCACCGAUGGAACCUUCCUCAGCAUCCCAGGCAGUGAGGUUCACCGCAUGCCUCUACCAGAUGGUGCUCGUUGGCAUGGCUCCAUUGAUAACAGGCUAUUCCUCAUAAGCAAUUCCCUUGUUGCUGCGUUGAUCAUCGGCAAUUGUUAUUCUGUUGAUAUGUGUGUCGUUCAACCACGUGCCACCACUUACUCAUUCAGAGGUAUACGUACUGCACUGGGGGAGCCACCAACAUUAGUGGAACUUGCAUUUUUGGAUGGAAGGCUGUACGUGGUAUCUGGAUUUUUCAAGCUUUUCGUUGUUGAUUUUGGUGAGAAGCUUGGUACUUAUCCAAAGAUGAAAUGCGUAAUUGACUCUGGUGGUGAUUAUGGAACGCCUCAAUACCUGUCUAAGAAGGUGCUUUAUGGACUCAGCCAGUAUUUAGUGGAAUGUGGUGGUAGGCUGCUGAUGGUGCAAAGAUUUACACACUCACAGGGUUUUAGGAAUUCUCACACUGUUGGAUUUAAUGUCCUGGAGGCAGACUUGCGCACUAACCCUGGUCAGUGGAGAACGGUGAGUGAUUUGAGUGGCCAUGCUCUCUUUCUUGGAAAGCAAAGCUCGAAGUCCCUGCCUGCUGGAGAGUGCAGUGGAUCCCAGGAGGACUGCAUCUACUUCAUCUGCGAUUAUCCUUGUCCAGAGUCUUCUGCAGAACCUCUUCGUGACGCUGGCAUAUACAACGUGAGAAAUGGGACGAUCAUGCCAUUACUUUCAGGGAGUCCUGCAGUACCGCAACGCCAAGCUGGUCAGUGGGGCCUGACAUGGUUUUUUCCUCCUGAAGCUAUAUGAUCAACCCAGCAGGAUUUUUUUAGCCUUUUGUGGUCAACCAACAAGCCUGGGUUCUGCUCAUCUUUAUCUUACUAAUAUGUUAUUGUGUGGACUUAAUUAGUAUAUGAUGGUGUGCACUUUUAAGUCAUUUGGUGACCUUAAUGGGAUCAUGUAAUCGAAUGCUUAAGCCUUUCGUUGUGGAAACUUGAUGUUUUAUUUGUGUGGCUAUGCUUUCAACAGACUUGGGAGUUAGUCAUAGCUCUGCACGUAUAUGUUUCUGCCAUGUAGAUAAUUGCCCUACUUCCUACGGGUGGUGAUUUUUUUUUCAAAAAAGUGGAUAGCCCUGGCCUCUCCACUAUCAUGACACACACAACCGUAAUUUUUGAAUGUGCAAGAGUUUUACAAAGAAGCCUCAGUAGCAAUAAAAAUAAAAAGAUAGGUGGUGAGUUAUGGACUGCCUGUUUAGAGAAUUUCAAAAGCAGAGUGGCGUAGCGUAGCAUAAAGGUACAUGAACAUUUCAUCAGUUUUCAGCGAGUGUAAUUGUUCCUUUUCAGCAAGUUGUGUAGGGAAUUCCUAUAUGCCCUUUUGGUUAUCUACUUCCCCCGUUUCAUUUGUCCAAAUGCGUGCUUUAUGCUACAUAAAAUUUAUUCACUGGAUUGUAUUAACUCAUUGUGAUCUUGUCGACUUUUAACCAAAUAUAUGUCACAUCAAAUUUAUGGCCAUAAACUGUCUCACCUCAGUUUUAAUAGAGCUAGGCUGAACUCCGACCAAUUCUCAACUCCUGGUCUCACCUACCAGAAUCAUGAGCUGUGAAGAGGCAGUCUCACAACAGUGGUGCUGUUUGCAUAUCACCAGCGAUCCUGCGACUGGUGUUGUGGAGCGUCAUUGCGUGCUGCGGUCGCGUCGUGCUACGAGAGUGUCCCAUAAAAUCACUACGGAAACCUCUAAGUCGCCUACUGCUGCAAGGGAUGAGGACAGGUACUUGC